CCUUAUAUAGGCGCACCUCAGGCUCAGGGCGUGGGCUACGGCCCAUACUCCAACUCCGUCGCAGCCCACAGCCAAGGAUACCUCCCCGGCGGUCUCCCCGGCGGCGGUCUCCCCGGAGCCGGCUACGACGGCGGCUACCACGACGGCGGACGCCGCAUGUCUUUUGGUGGCCCGCGCCGCCGCUCUUCGGCUGUGUCCUUCUCCGGCCUGAGCCACAUCGGGGACUCCUUCCGGCGCCACCCAGUCGUCCGCUUCAAGCGCAAGGGCGCCUUCACGUCCGGCAUCACGCUCGGCGAGGCUCAGGCGAACGUCCGCCUGUCCGGCUGGGACUCGUACACUCUGCACGACCUCCACGUGGACGGGCGCGGACGGAUCUACAUGAAAGUCAACUGGCCGGGGUAUCCUCCGCUGAACUAUGACAUUCCUGUGGACGGCUAUGACGGCUACGUGGACUUGCAGAGCUUGGCCCGCCGCGUUGGACGUGCUGUUGCGCAUUAUUUGCAGGCCAACCGCAUUCCAAUACCCUGGGAUCGCAUCGAACUGCAGUCAAUGGAGGAAAUGACCAUGGGUACCUGGUACCUCAAGAUGACCACGGUCUGAUGAUGCUCUCCGAACAGUUCAGUCGUCGAUGAUGGCCAAAACUGCCUUUCCUCGUUU